CAUUCACCAAGAUUGAGAAAAAUUGUUAAGGACCGUGCUGCCUCAGGCUUGUAAAAGCUGGGCUCCGUCACGGCCCCGCCGUCCCCGGCCCGGCUUCGCACGCUCAGCCCAGCUCAAUGCGAGCCCCUCCAUGAAAUUUACCCCGCCAUGGGCCGAAGGUCGUCGUCGAUCCAGCACGAGCAACGCGUCUCGCCAUACAAACACAGCAAAGCUUUUUUUGCUACCCAUACUUUUUGACCCCAACCCACAUCUACAAUACCCAUGGCCGAUGUAGAACAGCCCGAGGGCGAGCCUCAAGGCCGUCAUGUCACUUACUGCGGUGUUUGCACCCUCCCCCCUGAGUAUUGCGAGUAUGGCGGCACUGUCAAAAAGUGCCAGGAGUGGCUGCAGGAGAACGAGCCCGCCUUGUACGAGCACAUUUGGUCCGCAGAGGCCCUCGAGGCUGCCACCGCGUCGCUGUCCGUAGAGGCCCAGAAGCGAGCCGCGAAGGACGCCCAGAAGAAGACUGCCAAGGCUGAGGCCGCCGAGGCUAAGCAGGCCGAUAAACUGGCCAAGAGCGUUGUCACCAUCAAGCGUAUCGAGCGGAACAAGAAGAAAUAUGUCACAGCCGUGAUAGGCCUGGAGGCAUUCGGUUUGGAACUUAAGAAGGUUGCAAAGGACCUUGGCAAGAAAUUUGCUACUGGCUCUUCGGUAACCAAACUCCCUGGUGGAGGAGAGGAAAUUGUGGUGCAAGGUGAUGUUAGCAUGGAGUUGGAGGAGUUCUUGAUUGAAAAGUACAAGGAGAUACCAGAGGAUCACAUCGAGCUUGUCGAGGACAAGAAGAAGAAGAAGGGAGCCGCCUAG